ACCAUGCGUUGAUUGCGAAGGUUACCUUAACCGAAAUUUCAAAGUCCAUAUUUAUUCAAGAACAGAAUUAAAAAUGAUGUCACAGGCGUCAACUCGGAACAAAAAUGAAUCAGGAGGUUUCAUUUACAACUUGUACAACAAGUAUAAAUUCCCCUUCAUAGCAUUUCUGCUGAGUAUCUACGCGUGGUUCCCAAAAAUUCAAACAUCUCUUUUGCCGCUUGUAUUCAUUCCAGUAGCCGUGAAUGAUUUACAAGAUAUAUCAUCUUUAGUAGUUCACCCAUUUUCAAUUGAAAGGGAGCCUCAUCUGAUUAUGUAUUCAAAAAAUAACCUCUCAAUCUAUAAUUUACCUCACGAGUCAACAUCAUGUAGUAUGCAGAAGUUGGAGAUUUUGAACGCAGCUACUUUCAUUCGAUCUACCUCAAUUGAAGACUUAGGAAUAAAAAGAGACUUAUUGCUGUUGAAAUCCUUCCAGUCAUGUGACGAUGAAAUCAGGAAAGGAAAAAAGAAUAAGUGUGAAACUAACUUCGUCAUCAUUUCAUCGGAUUUAUCAGUGGCGGUUUUGACUUUUGAACUGAAAAAGACACACUUAAUAUCAUUAGACAAGUCUCUCGAAGUGUCUUUUCUGGGAUGUAAAGUUGAAGAUUUGAGUGUGAAAAUUGACCAGCAUGGUGCAUUUGGGCUCAUUUUUGCCAAGUUUGAAUCUGAAAAUGCCAAAGAAGAAGCAAAAGAGGCUAGCGUAGAUGAAGUUUCUGGCAAAUCGAGCAAUGAAAAGUGCAGAGUGAAUGAAGCAUUUUUAUUUCGCCUUAAUUUGAGAACAGGAAGAACGCAGGAUGUCCAAAAGUAUUCAGAAAAAGACGUCUUCAGAGACUGGAGUUCUUAUUCUGGAUCAUUGCACGGUGUUGUACACGACUGGCACACGUUUGAAGACACUCAUAUAGAAUCCGCCUCAGUUCUGACUAAUCAGGAGCGUUUGAUGAGCAGAGCCGCGGCUAAACUCAGCAUGUCUAGUCAGCCCACAAUCGCAGAGACCUACGGAAGGGCCAAAAAAUCCACUCCACGUUCUCUCCUUUUUGAAACUAAUGCGAACGCAUUUCUCGUUAAGUUCUCUGGAGGAAUAUUAGCGGUUAACAACCACACGCUGGAGCCAAUGACUCUGAUCAAGCUUCCAAAUAAGGAAAUGAAUCGCUCAAUUCAUGUCAUCUGGGACCAGGAGAUCCACUCGGUGGCAUCUAUCGACAUUGGAAGUUCCCUGAAGACUAUCGGGAUUCCCAGGAUCUUCGCGGAGUCAAGAGUUUUAGGGCAGACCAAUCACAUUUUCCAGAAACUUCUUUCAGUCCAAGACUUGAUUGGAAUGACGAUCGAGGAAAGUCUAGAAGAUCUGAGGUUCCUUCAGCCUCCAGUUGUGUUUUAUGCUGAAAGGCCAUCCAAGUUCGACCACUUCAGUUUUCUCUCGAAUGCGAUUGGAUCCAGUGAGCCCAAGUUUUUGUUCCACAUAGGUUAUGGAACCAUGAAAGCUUAUGAUUUAGACGGCAUUCUGCAGUGGAAAAGCGAAACGAGUGCGAAAUGGCAGGCGAAAUUGAAAAUAAUACGAGCGAAUAGUCACAUUGAAAGGACAUUCAAACCCGCUAUUCGAAAACUGGAGUCUAUAAAUGCUUUUGUCAUUCAAGGAUUUGACAGUUUGGCAGUUAUUUCGGAGCUGAACGGAGUUGAAAUAGCUACUCAUUCUUUACCAUCGCACCCUGUAAAAGACCCAAUAGUGAUUGACUUCAAUUCAGAUGGCAUCGAUGACAUCAUAGUUGCUACAGCACAGGGCCUGGUUGGGUUCUCGCUUUGCCCUACCUUUUCAUCAGUGCAAAUCUGGAUCUUUGUGUUCUCCCUGUUCAUUUCUGGAUUCUUAUUUUUCUUGGGAGUGUCAAUCAACAAGUUUAGCCUGGACUGAAUAAAUGAAACAAAGGUCAAUUUUUUAUUUAAAGUUAUUUUGGCUGAGAGUUGUUUGACAUUUAUGUGCACCAGUAGUUGAUCUAUAAAAGAUGCAUGGGCAAACUGAAAUGGUAUUUGCAUUGCAUAGUUGUCAUUACAUUUGACUGAAGACUUCGGAAUUCGCUAUUGUCGUUCAAACGGUCACUCGAAGAAUGAAGAUUCUAGCUCCUGGGUUUGCUGUUUGCGAAUUUGAUUAUGUAAUCGACAAGCUGGAAACUGCCACUGAAUCGUAGGUUUUGUAAGUUCGAAACCUUGCGAGCGUUUUGUAUUUGAAACACAAUAUUUCUAUCAAUCAUUUUUCUAUUUUCCAUUUGUGAACUGUAUACUAUUAGAAUUAGUUUAUUAUGUCUUGAA